AUGGGUAUGGGUCUCACCGGGAUAUGCCUCGCACUAUUGGUUGCAGUUUUCUCCUACACGGUGAACUGGGCACACUUCGACUUUAGUCUCGAGAGUAAGAGCCCGCAUAACAGCGGCUGUUUGGAAAAGCCGCUUUGUGAUGGCCAGGUUAGUUUUAUGGGGAGAGUUAAAUGCCAGCUCUUCACCUACCCCGUCGAUGUGGAUAGACACGACUACAAGCGUGACGUGAUGGGGAGGUUGGCAAGGCUCUUGCAAAAGGGUCUUAAAGGACAACCGCAUGUGGUUGAGGGUGUAAAGGGAGAUAUCGCGGUCAAACUAGCAAAUCCGGGGAGGCCUUUAGUGUUACACUUCGCGGGUGACAAUGGGGUGGGGAAAACGACGCUUGCGCAACUCAUAUCCCUUGCUCUCGCCUUUCGCUGCCGUGACAUGUCGUGCCUGGUGGGUGAUACCUCCCUUGUGCUUUCCGGAGUAAGCUACGACGGUUACUCAGUGACAGACUUCCGCAGCGAUGUGGUGCAGAAAAUUGUGGAACACGCCAAGCGGUAUCCACGAAACGGUGUUGUUAUAGUCAACGACUUGAAUGGCUUGCAUCCGGAUCUGGUGCGCGUUCUCCUUCCGCUAUUCGGUAGGGCAACGACAUUCCCCGAGGCCUCUGACGCGCCACUCAACUACUUGACGGUGAUAAUAACAACAGACUUUGGUCGCCAAGGGCGAACACGGGGGAAGAGCUUAUCAGAUAUGCGACGUAUCGUAGAAAGUGAUUUUAAGAGUCUCUACUCGCAACUUUCUUCGUCUAUGAUACAAACCUAUCCUUUCCUACCAGCGUCGUUGUCGACUGCGAGGGAAAUAGUCCGAGCAACCGUCGAUGGGUACCGCUGUGAUAGUCGGCACGGGAUUGGCAAACUGGAUGUUGAUGAUGAGGUAGUUGAGUGGUUUAUUGAUUUGGUGAAGGACGAUUUACCAGCGGAAAAUGGACGUUGUGUUUCCAAAGCCGUGGUUGGAGUCGUUGGGCCCGCCGUGUUGCAACAUCUCUCCAGCAGGUUACCGAGUCUUGCCUCGCUGCGUGUGGUGCUUGAUAGCGACGGCUCAGUUGCCGUGCGCGAGAACUAA